UGGCGACGGAAAUUAUCUACGUGAAUGCAGUUAAUUUUGAUUCUACAUAGCUUAAUUGCCUCCGAGAAAUGAGAAUGUUCCUCUUUUUUGCUUAGUCUAUAGAAAUGAAGCCUGCUUUGAUUCAGAAGCGGGAUGAAUUUCAUGAAUUUUGGGGAAAUAUGGCAGAAGUCGGUGAAUUUUGAUUAAUCCAGUUUUAUCAGGUCAAUUUUGGAGGGAAAUAUUUCUGAUUAGAUGUCUGCCUAUGGAGAUUGACUUAGAAUUGCCAUCGUUGGAGAUAAGAAAUAAUGAUGGCGGUGAUGACGAAAUUGAUGGAAUUAUGGGGGAUGGAGUGAAGUUGAAUGUCUCGAGUGAUAGUAGAGGCAGGGUAGAGAGUUACAUGCCUCAGAAUGGUAUGGAAUUCGAGACGAAGGAAGGGGCCUAUUUCUUCUACCGGGAGUAUGCUCGGUCGGUUGGAUUUGGCAUCACGAUAAAAGCUAGUCGAAGGUCCAAAAAAUCGGGCAAGUUCAUUGAUAUAAAGAUCGCGUGUUCUAGGUUCGGGAGCAGGCCUCAGUCCGGCACGAGUGUUAGUCAAAGGCCGUGUGCCAAGACGGACUGCAAAGCUAGCAUGCAUGUUAAGAAAAGGUCAGAGGGGAAGUGGUUUGUGUACAAUUUUGUGGAGGGGCAUAAUCACGAAAUUUCGCCUAGUGAUUUCUAUAACACUGUAAGGGGGAAGAAGAAUAAGGAGGGCGAUGCUUCCUGCGAAAGGAGAGGGCUGCAGCUGGUUUUAGACGAGAGGGAUGUGGAGUUGUUGAUGGAUUAUUUCAUGCGUAUGCAAGCUGAGGCUCCGGGGUUUUACUAUGUGUUAGAUUUUGAUGCUGAAGCACGUAUGAGAAAUGUGUUUUGGGUUGAUCAGAAAGGUAGGAAUGACUAUGCAUCUUUCGGUGAUGUGGUCUUCUUUGAUGCACAUUACAUCAGAAACAAGUAUAGAAUUCCUUUUGUACCUAUUGUUGGGGUGAACAAUCAUUUUCAGUUCAUUUUGCUUGGGUGUGCCUUGAUUGGAGAUGAAACGAAGUCUAGCUUUACUUGGUUGAUGCGCACUUGGCUUAGAUCAGUUGCUGCGCAUGGUCCGAAAGUUGUUAUCACUGAUAAUGACAGGUCAUUUGCUGAAGCCGCACAUGAUGUUUUUCCUAAUGCUUUCCAUUGCUUUUGUCCUUGGCAUGUCUUCACCAAAGUUGGUCAAAAUCUAAGUGGCGAAUUUGAUGAAUCCGCACUUAUUUUGAUGGAAUUUAAGAAAUGCACGUAUAGAUCUGGGACAAGCGAAGAAUUUAAUAAGAUGUGGCACAAAAUGGUCAAGCAAUUUGAUCUCGCAGAUGAUAAGUGGGUGCAAUCAUUGUAUGAUGACCGUAGAAAAUGGGUUCCUACUUAUAUGAGGGGGGUUUUUCUUGGUGGGUUUUGUACAGUUGAGAGAUCACAAAGUGUAGGGUCUUUUUUUGACAAGUACCUGCAAAAGGAAACUACUUUUCAAGAGUUCAUCGAUCAAUACAAAUUAUUUUUGCAUGAGUGGUGUGAACAAGAAGUUAAGGCCGAGGCUGAAACUCGCAGCAGUGGACCAAUAUUGAUUUGUCACUCACCUUUUGAGAAGCAAAUGUCUAAAAUCUACACAAAUGCAAUAUUUAGAAAGUUUCAAGCUGAAGUUUCAGGAAUUCUUUCGUGCACUCCUGAAAAAGAAGGUGAAGAUGGGGAAACAGUUGUAUAUAAAGUUCAUGAUCUUGAAAGGAAACAGACCUUCACCGUCUCCUGGAAUAGAGGAAUAUAUGGCAUCCAUUGUUUGUGCCGCUUGUUUGAAUAUAGUGGAUAUCUCUGCAGACACGCCUUAUCAGUUCUCCAACUAUCAGGCAUUUCCACUAUUCCGUCAAACUCUAUACUGAAGCGAUGGACACAAGCUGCAAAGAUUAUAGAUAUACCUCAUCAAGCAUCAGCCAAUACAAACUUGAGGGUCCAUCGCCUUAAUGAUAUUUGCAAACUUUCUACUAGAUUAAGUGAGGAGGGUUCGAUAUCAGAGGAUGCUUACAAUGUUGCUCAUCAUGCUCUAGAAGAAGCAAUGGAGCAUUGUGCGCGCUUGAACUAUUCUGUAAAGAGCAUCAUGGAGACCACCAAGACUGCUGCUCAUGGUCUUUUAGACAUUGGACAGAAUAAUGAUAAAAGUGCAACGACAUCAAAGAUAAAAGUUCCAAAAAAACGGAAGGUACGAGCAGCUGAGCCUGAAACAUGGCCUACUGGGAUGGAGGAAAGCGGCCAUGAUGUGGAGCAGAUGAACCAAAGAUCACAUAGGCUUCAUGAUUCUUACAUGUCUCAGCAGGACUUUCAUGGGAUGGAACCUGGGUUAAGAAUCCCCAUUGUCAAUAGUUACUCUAUUGCAGAACAUGGCGGUCAAGGACCGGGACAUUUGAGUUCACCAUCGUCUCUACAAGAUUGCUACUACAGUGACCAAUCACUUAUGCAGGGUGUUCUGGGGAAUUUUUCAGCACGUUCCAGCCUAAAUGCUGCCCAACAGAGUCUGCAUGCUAUGUUGCAGGGCCACUUUAGCUUCAGGCCCCCGUCCCUGGAAGGCUGUUCUCAACUACGGGAUAGCUUGCACAAUGAACACACGAUGCCAAAGCAUUUGCACGAUUAACAUGCUUGGAGGUUUGGUGAUCUGCUGAUUCAGUUAGAAGGUGCUUGUUUAAGUUUUGGGAGCUGACGAGCUUUGUUAUGCAGAGAUGGAAAGGCUGAUUCCUCGAGUAUAUUUUGCGAAUGCUGGUCUUUCUCUUUCCCCCUCGUAAGACAGAUCCUCUCUUGUCCAACUAGAAGCGAGAUAUAUGCCUCACUUUCUUGGUGGAUACUGCUUGCUGUGCCGAUGCACGCUUGAGCUUUUGAGAAGUCACAUACAUUAUCAGCAUCAACUGAGAGUUUGCCAAAUAGGGUAUCCAUUAUCAGUUGAGCUGUGUUACACCAAGAUGAUUUAUAAUAUUCAUUCCUUGUAGAAAGUAUUAAGUUGGUUGGUUUAGUUUAUUUUUCUUGCAAGUUACAUUUAUGAAAAUUGAGAUAUGCAAUUCAGUUGCUUGUUUCUGAAAAUUGCAAGGUUGUUGUGUAUGGAGAGAGGAUAUAGAAUAAUGUUUCUUUUAUAAAUACCAAUUGUAUUAGAGCA